CGCCUGCUGGAGAGGGCACCCGGCGGCGGAGGGCGUGAGGCCGCGGCGAGCGAGCGAGCGCGCGCCUGGGGCGGGCGAGCGGGGACGGGGACGGUCCGGAGCAGCGCAGCCCUCCGUGACAGCACGGCCCGGCCCUCUCCGCGGCGGAGGAGGCACGGUCCCCUGGAGGCGGCCGCCAUCCCGAGGGCGGGACUCCUCGGGAAUCAGGUAUCCGAACCGCCGCGGUCUGCUCCAACCGUCGCCGGCAGCGGAGCGUGACACCCGUCCGGCCGGUGACCAUGUUCGACAGGACGCGCCUGCCGUACGUGGCCCUCGAUGUGCUGUGCGUGUUGCUGGCUUCCAUGCCUAUGGCUGUUCUAAAUUUGGGCCAAAUCUAUCCAUUUCAGAGAGGCUUUUUCUGUUCUGACGACAGCGUGAAGCACCCGUACCAUGACAGUACUGUCAGAACCGUUGUCCUCAACGUAGUGGGGCUUGGCUUACCCAUUUCCUCUAUGGUUGUUGGAGAAUGUCUGUCUGUCUACUUUAAUGGCUUGAGAUCGAAUUCCUUUGUCAACAAUCACUAUAUAGCCACUAUUUACAAAGCUGUAGGAGCCUUUUUGUUUGGCGCAGCAGCCAGUCAGUCCCUGACUGACAUUGCCAAAUAUUCCGUGGGCAGACUGAGGCCUCACUUCUUGGCUGUGUGCAACCCAGAUUGGUCAAAGAUCAACUGCAGUGAUGGCUAUAUUGAGAACUACAUCUGCCAAGGGAGUGCAGACAAAGUCAGGGAGGGCAGGCUGUCCUUCUACUCCGGCCACUCCUCGUUUUCCAUGUACUGCAUGCUGUUCACAGCGCUUUAUCUUCAAGCCAGGAUGAAGGGAGACUGGGCAAGACUCCUCCGCCCCACACUGCAGUUUGGGCUUGUUGCUUUAUCCAUAUACGUGGGCCUUUCUCGAGUUUCUGAUUACAAACACCACUGGAGUGACGUGCUGAUGGGACUCAUCCAAGGAGCUGUGGUUGCGAUAUUAGUUGCUGUGUAUGUAUCAGGUUUCUUCAAGAACAGACACCCUUGUUAUAUAGAAAGAAAUGAGGAUGACUCGACUGGACUCAAAUCGCCACCAUCACACAUAACUAAUCAAGCAGACAACCAGCCUUGAAGGGUGCAGGAGAACUGGUCCGCUUCAGAGGAAACCGCUGGCAGCAGAAGGCAGGAGGAUGCAUGGCACUUCUGGUGUUUAGGCCAUUCCUUGCGGGACUGCUGCUCUAUACCUCUUGAUGCCCACUUAUCUGUGUAUAUAGUUACGUCUGACACAAUGAGUACCUAAUAGUUAAAUUUAAAAAAAGUUCAAGCUUUCCACUAAACACUGCCCCACCUGUACAUUUUUUUAUUGAAAGAUGCUAUGUACAAAUGUGUAUGUUACACGCCUUUUCAGAAUAUUUGAUUUAAAUAUAAUAAAAUGCUUGAGAACAA